AUGUCUACACAGUCGACAAAUAAUAAUACUAAUAAUCCAACAUCAGAUGUAGUUACAUCAUCUGUUCCAUUUACACUUAAACGUUGGAAUCUUGUUGGUAUUUGGAGUUGGGAUGUUGCUCAUGAUGUAUGUGCUAUAUGUCGAACAGCUUUAUCCGAAUCGUGUCUACGUUGUCAAGCAGCAAGUAAUCUUCAAGAAUGUAUUAUUGUUUGGGGUACAUGCAAUCAUUCAUUUCAUAAUUGUUGUAUGAGUCAAUGGGUUAAACAACGAGCUCAAUGUCCACUUUGUCAAACAGAUUGGGUUAUCAAUCGUAUUGGACAAUAA